AAAUAUAAACAAAAAAAAUGUUAUACUGAUGUUGUAAAAGUUAUUAUUAAUAAAAAAGAAGUUACUGACCAUUGUUAACAAAAAUAAUUUACAGAGACAAGAAAUGAUUUAUGCGAAAUUGCAAUUGCUAUCAAUUUGUUUUGUUACAGGUUUUGCACCGUUUCCUCAUCUUUGGUGGGACAUUGAAAACUAUCAAGAAAAAACAGUUUUCCUUAGAGGAGAAAGAUCUGCAUACGCAAUUUUGUUAAAUGGUUCAACUGUUACAACAGAUUUGUCUGAAUUAAGACAAGGUCAUUUUCUUUAUUUUAAUGGCUCGAACGCAGGUUUUAUUUUUAAUACCUCAUUAUAUCGUGAUAAAAUCACAAGCAUAUGUUUCUUAAAAAAUAACAUUUUAUGCAGAGAGUUUACAUUUGCUUUUUGGGUAAAAUGGUCUAAAUGGGGUGAUACAUUUGUAAUAGCGUCGCCAUCGCUAAGAAUGCAAUUUCUUGAUGCAAGCAGUUUAGUUAUCGAAUUCAUAACAGAAAAUCAACAGUGGGGAAUUUUUACCUUUUUAAAAGUUUCAGAAAAAUGGGACUUUUAUAGUAUAACUUUCAAUACAACUUGUCUACAACUAAUUGUCAACGCCGUUGAUAAUCAGACAUCUUGUCAAGCAUACAAUGCCUCUUUGACAAACAGUUUUACUGAAGAUAUAUUAGCAAUUGGUUUACCAUUAAAAAAUGAUCAUGACCGUGAUGCUGAAAUGUAUAUAGACGACAUUAUGAUUUGGAAUAGAGCGUUAACGAUUUACGAAAUAGAGAGCGCUUUUAGUUUUGAUUUUAAAGAUGUUAAGGUACAAGGUGGCUGUUCAACAACUAUUCACAAUAAAGACCGUUAUCUUGAUGGAUACGUUAUUCAAGAAACAAAGUUGAACUCAAUAGAAGAAUGUUUAUCGUUUUGUUUAGAAAAUGGAUACUGCCAAUCUUUUAACUUUGAAUACAAGGGAAUUGAAAAAAAAAAGAAAUGCGUUAUAAAUUCUUCUCGGAAUCAUGACGCACCUUGGAAUUUAAUAAAAAUAGACGGUUAUUUUUAUUAUGAUAUUGAGUAAUUUUUUUUUGUAAAUAUUGUUUAUUACAUAAAUGCUUGAUAGUAUA